AUGCGCGUCCUCGCGGCUGCGCUGUCCGCGCUCUCGGUGAGCUGCGUGGCAGGUGCGCCGGCCACCGAAGGUGCCGGCGCACGGCGCAAGCUCGGCGAAGACGACGGUCUGGUGGAGGUCGAUCUGAGCGAACUGCACAAGACUACGACUGCGGAGGAAGUGCGACGCCAGCUGACGCAUUACGAUACACGAGUUGCCAGCGGCGAGUGCGAAAUUCGGGGGUACAACGACGCAAGAUGCUAUUACCAAGGACGCUGGCGAGGUGGAUGGGUUGGGAGCGAGGGGGCGGAAGUGACCAGUGCGGUAGAGGGUCAGCUCGGGGCGCGUGAGCCGGACUUGUGA